ACACCUUGCCUCGAAAAGAAUAAAAUCUUCUUUCCCAAACAUGGUAAAACAGCUUUGAAGCUGUCUACCGUGUUCAGUUUACAAACAACAAGCGCCCGCUUCGUACCCGUCAUGGCAAUAAACCUCUCCUAGUCUCCGUUACCAUGCCUUCUCUUUGUCUUUUAUCGCCGAACUUUCCAGAGAAAUCUUAAACCCUAACAGUCUCAAUUCUCAACCCGCGAAACCAAUAAUCACAAAAGCAAGGUGUGAGGGAGAAAUACUGAUGAUGACCACUAGACAAUUGGGUGCUAGUACUCUGUCUGGAGGAUUGGCUAGGAAAAGUAGUGUACGGAAUGGAGUAGCAAAAGGGAUGGGACGGUUUUCUUUGGUAUGCCCAAGUGAGGUUGUCAAAAGAUUAGGUUGUAGAGAUGUUGCUUCCAACUGUCGCUUGUCUGCGGAGUACAGAAAUCAUUUUUCACCAUUUGUGACUCGUGGAAAAAAGCGACGAUUUGGGAUAGCUUUUAAUCAGUCACGUUCUGGUUGUGGUGUGGAAUCCACUAAUGUGCAAGAAAGAUCAAUUUUAGAAGAAGAAUAUUCCCUCAAUAGCUCAAGAGAUGAACACCUUGAGUCAACUGGGAUUCCAAUUGAUCAAUCACAUUCUUCAGAUGUCAAACGUGAGCUUAUAAUGCUUUCUCUGCCUGCAGUUGCUGGACAGGCUAUUGAUCCCUUAGCACAGUUGAUGGAGACUGCUUAUAUUGGUAGACUAGGUCCUGUGGAGCUGGGUUCAGCUGGUGUUUCCAUUACAAUAUUUAACAAUAUAUCAAAGUUGUUUAAUAUUCCUCUUCUUAGUGUUGCAACUUCUUUCGUUGCUGAAGACAUUGCCAAGAAUGAAAUAAAAUAUUCUACUUCAGAACAGAAUGUUCAGGAAAACAUUACAAAUGGCAAACCUACUGCUGAGGUGCCUGAAAGAAAGCAACUAUCCUCUGUGUCCACAGCCUUAUUGUUAGCUGUUGGUAUUGGCAUCUUUGAGGCAGUGGCUCUCUCUUUGGGAUGUGGACCAUUUCUUAACUUGAUGGGCAUAAAAUUGGAUUCACCGAUGCGGGUACCUGCAGAACGAUUUCUUUCACUAAGAGCCCUUGGUGCUCCUGCAGUUGUAGUGUCUUUAGCUCUUCAAGGCAUUUUCCGGGGCUUCAAGGAUACAAAGUCUCCUGUUUAUUGUUUAGCCCGGGGUAAUUUAUCAGCCGUAUUUUUAUUUCCCAUACUCAUGUAUUAUUUUAAGUUGGGUGUAAUUGGAGCUGCAAUUUCCACUGUCAUUUCUCAAUAUAUUGUCACCUUCUUAAUGAUUUGGGAUCUAAAUAAGAGGGUUAUAUUAUUGCCUCCGAAGAUGGGAGCCUUGCAAUUUGGUGUCUAUUUGAAAUCUGGUGGUUUUCUUAUUGGAAGAACUCUUGCUGUAUUAACAACGAUGACAUUAGCGACUUCAAUGGCUGCUCGUCAAGGUCCUGAAGCCAUGGCUGCACAUCAGAUAUGCAUGCAAGUAUGGUUGGCUGUAUCUCUUCUUACAGAUGCACUUGCGGCAUCUGGUCAGGCUCUGACUGCGAGUUAUUUCUCAAAGGGCAACUACAAAUAUGUGAAAGAAGUUACGAACUUUGUGUUGAAGAUUGGUCUGCUCACUGGUGCUUCCUUGGCUGCAAUUCUGGGUAUUUCUUUUGGUUCCAUUGCCACCCUGUUUACCAAGGAUACUGAAGUAUUAAGCAUUGUCAGAAUGGGAGUAUUAUUUGUUAGUGUUAGUCAACCUAUGAAUGCCCUAGCAUUUAUUUUUGAUGGUCUUCAUUAUGGUGUUUCCGACUUCCCAUAUGCAGCACGUUCUAUGAUGUUGGUUGGAGCAAUAUCUUCCGUCUUUUUACUCUAUGCUCCACCAGUUAUUGGCCUUCCUGGGGUUUGGUUGGGCUUGGCUCUCUUUAUGGGCUUGCGUACAGCAGCAGGAUUUAUCAGAUUACUAUCAAAAUCCGGUCCAUGGUGGUUCCUGCACAAAGACUUGCACAGUGCUCAAGUGGCUUGCUAGUUGAGAUGUGAACACUACAGAAUCAAUUGGUAGACUAUUGGGGAAUGCUCUCAGACUUAAGCUUAGAGUAUUUCGUCCUCAUUAACUGGUCAACAAUUUUGACUAUCAGCUACUUCAGCAUAAUUGAAUGAUGUUGAAAGAAUUCCUCCAUUUUUUUUAAAGAUGAUGGAUGUCUUUUGAUUAUUGACUUCAUUUAAUAUUUUGGUUCAGCUGUAAACUAUUUAUUUUUUAAUUUUUCGUUAUGCCUUUGUUUAUGUUGCUCAUCCUUUAUUGAACUUCUUUCAUCUUUUUCACCUUGUUGAGACUUAGAGAUGCCUUGCACCUUUUGAAUAAGGGGAGAUUAAUAAAUAGUAUUAAUGCAAA